AUGACUUAUCCAAUAAUUCAAAAAGAUAUUGUGACUGCAUGCAAGAUAGAAACAAUUAAAGUUAUUCUCGAGAAACUAAAUAGUGACUAUUUUGCCUUACUAGUUGAUGAAUCUUUUGAUAUUUCACGCAAGGAGCAAAUGGCUAGUGCAUUAUCCCUGGAGCGACUUAUUGACAUUAUUCAUAUUCAAGAUACUAGUGCAUUAUCCCUGAAAGAGGCAAUUGUUAAUUUACUUGCUCAACAUUCUUUGAGUCCAUCAAGUGUGUCUGGACAAUGUUACGAUGGGGAAAACAAUAUUCAAGGUGAAGUCAAUGGACUUAAAAUGUUCAUUAGGCAAGAAAGUAGAUCGGCUCAUUCUAUACAUUGUUUUUCUCAUCAACUUCAACUAACUCUUGUUGGGGUCUCUAAAAAGUAUGUUGAAGUGGAAAAACUUGUAGUAUUGGUCUCAAAUAUUUUUAAUGUAUUGGGAUCUUCUUUUAAGCGUAUGGAUGACUUACGAGAUUCUCAAAAAGUAGCAAUUCAAGAUGCAUUAGAUAUGGGUGAACUGACAAUUGGUAAGGACUUAAAUCAACAACUUGAUCUUUCAAGAGCUUGUGAUACUCAUUGGGGAUCUCAUUAUAAAUCCUUUAACAAUUUUAUUCUUAUGUUUGGUUCUAUUCUUGAAGUUCUUGAAUUACUUGCUCUUGAUGCACGAAGUAUGGAUGAAAGAGCCAAGGCAACGGGGCAUCUUGAAUCUUGUUGA